AUGGCCCCUCCAAUGGCUGAGUACGCUACUGGGAAAAAACGCAUUGUUGAAACCUGGGGCAGCUUGAAGCUCCUGCUCUCACUCGACGGAGAGGGGCUUGCGAAGGUUGCCGACAGAAAAAGGUCCGAUGUGACGGAGGACGACCAUGUAGCUACUGUGACGUUUGUCAAUCCUACCAAAAGCAUUCGUAAGGGCAUCUCUGACACCAGGAACAGCGGAAUGGAUCCAUCUGCGAAUAUCUUCCCGUACGAGAUUCCCGUCGGUCACAUCACACCGUACUCGUUCGAAUCCGCGAGCACACCGGUCCUUGACAAGCUUCUCGAGCAAUUAUCGUCAUCAGACAACACAGCCCCAUUUGAGGACUUUGAAUUUCCUUACGGGCCGACACCCACACCCACUCAGAACGAUGUCCAAGACAGUGCAGCCGGAACGGUUAUGGGAGACGAAACGGUAUUCGGCAACUACGAAAACCAUUUUCCAGGCUUGGAAACCCUUAUUUGGAAUGCACACCAGAACAAUCUGAUACAAGACUGGGCGGCAUGGACGCCGAGCUCGUCGGAAAGUAGGAGAGGAAGUAGUUCAUCCCAGUCCAUCUUCGGGCCCCUCCUCGCGCGGAUUGUCGCUGAGGAGAACGAGGAUGGCGAAGUUUACACGGGUCCGAAAAGGCCAGCUGCUACCAUAUCGCUUCAGCAAGCACACGUCAGAAGUCGCAGACAAAGGGUGGUCGUGGAGAGGGUCGAGAACCUACUUUCGCCUGAAAAUGAGCUUUGUGUCUCUUCGCUCUUGUCGGACGACGGACCCAGUCGUGAUUACCAUAGCUUGGACCUGACAUCACUUCCAACCGAGCGCUUGAUACAAACAACUUUCUGCGAGCCAGGAGGCUUGAAUACCUUCCUCAAGGGGGCUUUCGUCAGAAACAUACAGGCGACCUUGAAUUCAUCCUCGAAACCAUCCAUUCGCGUCGAAGACAUAUCACUGUUGAUCACUACGCUUGCUUGGGGUGCCUUGUUGGAUCACAACAUCGAAGACCGUACCAGAACAACUUUGAUAGAUCUCGCUUGUGACGCAUCCAAAGCACUGUGUGCUCAGAAGGACACAAUCCGAAAGUUUCUGGCCCUCGUCGCUGCACUCUGCUUGGUCGAGAAGACGGGAUCGAGGAUCAUGUACAAUUUGCUCGUCAACAGCGCUUCAACGGCGGCGGCUCUGGGAUUGCAUCUGGAGCCAAUCAUUCUCAACCGGUGUGGCGGCGAUGAGGAAGUGGUUGAAGUCCAGCGCACUAUGUGGAUGCUUUACUGUAUCGAGAAAUCCUUCGCCCUGAGAGUACAAACCUUCUCCAUUCUCGGCGAUGAUUUCCUUCCGACAGCCAUCAUUCCAAAAUGUAGGGCGACAGAAACUACUACGCCCAUACCAUCAGCAGACUGGCUGGAGAUCCGGUCCAAAUACGCCAGGAUUUGCUCAAAUAUCCUGCAGCUGCGCGGGAGCUUGAAGGGAAACGCAACCAUGGACAGUUCUGGUGCAACGUUGGCACUGUCAGCGGCGCUGAAGGAGUGGUAUGCGUCAACCGACACAGGCCCCGUUAUCUCUUCCGCGCCCGAUGAGGCAGGUGUGCGGAUCAGGCGGCAGAUGUUCAACCACUACCACGAGGCACUGCUGCAUCUGGGAAGCCUAAGCCUGUCUCUGGAUAGCUGCUUAUCUGCAGGCUGCGAGCAGAGCAAGACUCUGCGCAGGGAAUCUCUCAGGGAAGUUAUCACGUCAUCCAAUACCAUUUCCUCGGAUAGCUUUUUACAAGAUGUCAACCACACCUACGUCACGAAGCUCGCUUUGUGCUUGCUCGCAAUCGACAUAGUCCAGGGAUCAGACAGCGGGUGCAGCAAGGAGGACCACGCUUUGCUGAGCGUCGCUUCCGGAUUCUUCGCCAGAAAACAAAUCCUGUUGCCAAGGAACGACCUCUAUCGAUAUCUCUACCCUUAUCAGGCCGAGGUUUUAUCGUCAGAUGCAAGUUAUGCACAACAGUGUUAUCCCGACGAGACGAGCGCGCGCUGUGAGCAUGGCAAUCAAUACAGGACCCAAAACGGACAGAUCAACACCACAUGGGGAACCUGGACACCUAUUCCAUCCCUCAUGAUGCCCGAUGCCGAUGUGACCCUGACCUUCCUCUCCCCGAACUGGAUCUUGUUUGCCGAGGAAGUCGACGACCCGUUGUACUCCGCCCAUCGACACAUCGCGAAGCUUGGAGCGGACACCGGCGAAGGAAGCGGGGCCACAAUCGACGCCAUCAUGGCCGACGAGCCCGCAUCUCCCCUCGUCUGCAUCGCCCAGCAACAGUACUGCAACCCCAACCUCGACGGCGGCGCCCGAUGCGCGCCUAUGGCCAGCAGUCUCGAUUCCUUCCGGCUCGGCGAAGCGCUCUGGCCGGACGAACAGCAAAAGCGCAUCUACCGCUGGAUCUGGCUCCUCGUCGACAGCAGCGCCGACAUCGCCGCCUCCGGCUUCCAGGGCCCGCUCGCCGCGGACCAGUGGCAGCAGGACCUCGAGUACCAGCACAACGUCUCCCUGUCCAACCUCCAAAGCAUGGCCGUGCUCUUCGCGGACGGGCCGUCCGACCCGGACGUGCUGCGGUACCGCCAGCCCCCGCGCAACGCGCAAGAGCGCAGGCUCUGUCGCAGCCAGAAAGUUUUCAGCCGCGCCUACCUCCACUUUUCCAUCCUCGGCCUGUCGCUGACGCUCGCCAUCGGCAGCGCCAUCAUCGUCCUUUCCUACGUCCUCGAGCCGGUCGUCAGCUACUUCCAGCGGCGCCGCAACUUGGACCCGUACGCCCGCCUGGAGUGGGCGAGCAACGAAACGCUCCAGCUGCAGCGGCUGGCGCACGAGGAGCUGGGCGUCGGGUCGUGGAGGAGAUGUCUCGAGGCUGUGCCGACGACGGGGAGGGGGGAGAUGUUGGCGGUGCUGGAUGUGGGGGAUUUGGAACAUCCCAGGUUGAGGGCGGUAGGGCCCGGGUUAGAGGUUGUCAUCGCCAUGGAGAGUGAGGAGGGGAGAAGCUUGGUGAACAGGGAAGAUGAGAAGGAGGAUGAUGAAGUUGCGGUUGAGGGCAUUGGAACAGAAGAUGAAGACAUAAUUCCUUUGGAGAUUGAUGAGAGGCGCGUACAUAAGACAAAUAGCUCCUAUAGGCAUCAUCAACUUGACGCCGUAGGGGAAAGCCGGGUGAGCCUCCUUUGA